CCAGUUCCUGUUUCGAACGCGGCCGUCCGGCUCCGGCCAUCGGGGCAGCCCGGAGACGCCGACGCCGGCUCCGUUCCGCGGGGGCGCGUGCCGCUGCACCUCCGCCCGCCCUCCGGGAAUGGGGCGUUCCCCCGGCUUGGGCCGAGCCUCUGGGUGCCCCCGAGGUGCUUUGGCCCCGCCGUGACCACCCCCAGAAUGAGGGGCGGCGAGGGGGACGCGGCCGAGCAGGUCCCGCUGAACCCCGAGGUCGAGAGCCCCGCAGGUUCGGCCGCGUACCGGGAGUUCGUGCAUCGCGGCUACCUGGACCUCGUGGGGGCCAGUCAGCACUCGCUGCGGGCGCUCAGCUGGCGCCGCCUCUACCUCAGCCGGGCCAAGCUGAAGGCCUCCAGCCGCACGUCCGCCCUGCUGUCGGGCUUCGCCAUGGUGGCCAUGGUGGAGGUACAGCUAGAGAACAACCAUGAAUACCCACCAGGCCUGCUGGUAGCCUUUAGUGCCUGUACCACCGUGCUAGUGGCUGUACACCUGUUCGCACUCAUGGUCUCCACAUGUCUACUGCCCCACAUCGAAGCUGUGAGCAACAUCCACAACCUCAACUCUGUCCACCAGUCUCCACACCAACGGCUCCACCGCUAUGUGGAACUGGCCUGGGGCUUCUCCACUGCCUUGGGCACAUUUCUCUUCCUGGCUGAAGUUGUCCUGGUGGGCUGGGUCAAAUUUGUCCCCAUUGGGGCCCCCUUAGACACACCAGCCCCCUUGAUACCUCCGUCCCAGGUGCCUGGGACUCUGCCCCCAGUGGCUGCCUCCCUUGGUCCAGCUUCCAGCCUCCCGCCAUCCUCUGCUCCUGUGGCCCCAUCACAGGCUGAGCCUUCUGAGGCCUGCCCACCCCGGCAAGCGUGUGGUAGUGAUGGGAUCCAUGGGCCAGGCUGGCCAGCAGCAGUGGCCUCCACAGCAAUCAUGGUACCUGUAGGACUCGUGUUUGUGGCCUUUGCUCUGCAUUUCUACCGAUCCUUGGUCAACCACAAGACAGACCGCCACAAGCAGGAGCUAGAAGAGCUGAGUCGCCUGCAGGGGGAGCUGCAGGCUGUGUGAGCAGCUGUUAGCUUCUGCUGUCAGCAUUGCCUCCCUGGGGUCUGCAAGAGGCCCCAGGGGCCUGCAGGCCUCAUUUCCUACUCCUGGCUGGAGCCACUUCCUGUGGCCACUCUCAGGUAGAGACCAGAUUCCUGCCCACAGCGUCCCACGUUCCCUGUCAGUCCGUUCCAUGGGUUUUGCAAGCUCUACACCUAGGCUGGGAGACUGUGGAACUUCUUCAAUCUGAGGAUGCUGGGGCAGAUACAAGGGAGGCAGGGGGGCCUUUGUGGGAUCUCUGGUGCUGAGCCUCAGCUGCUUGUCCCUCUGUGGAAUGUGGAGGCCAGGUUACAUGCCCACACAGUUGCCCCCCGAAUGCUGUCACCCUUGUUAUAUUUGAGUGAAGUCUAUUUAAUGGUUUGAAUUUUGGGGCAAGGUUUUCCCCAUCCCCAAAUUUUGAUGGGUUCCAUAUUAUUGCUUUGGUUGCUGUGGGCAUUUGAGUGUUCCCACAACAGGCACAGGUCCAGCCUUUCCUAGAAGCCUUCCUGUUUCUGGAGAUUCAAGCCAACUCCCCACUGAUGAUGACCUGUGGCCACAUAUGGAAGGGACAGUGCCUGCAGCACUGUCCUAGGGUCACUCACCUUUCUAUCACAGUGGGCCCACGCUGGGGGCGGGGGUAGUCUUUGAAGACUGAGUACCUGUGUGCAUGGCCUGGAUCCUUAGAACGGGUUUAGGGAGGAUAUUUUAAGAGAGAAGGGCCAGUUCCCAGCCCUUAGACUGAAGAGCUCUUUUGACACUGAAUUUUUGAUGCACCUUGUUUAAUAAAUUGUAUUUCACAGAUG